AUGAAGACAUGCGGUAUGGCACACUCUAUGAAUACUGCAUAUUCACAACAGCCUAGGAGAAGUACUAAUACAGACUUGGUUGUGCAUCUUUAUAUCUCUUUUGCACCUUCUCCCCUGUAUCUAGAAACAAAGACAGACACGCUAAACGCUCCUGGCCAGGGCGAUUUUACAUGUGGCCCUGAUAAGCCAUGUUUCAACAACGCCUGCUGUGGUGACAGCGGCUGGUGUGGCUAUGGUCCAACAUACUGUGACAAAGGCUGUCAAUCCAACUGCGAUGCUGUCGCUGAAUGUGGCAAAUAUGCUAAAACCGUUGGCGCUAUUUGUCCUCUCAAUGUCUGUUGCUCUGAAUUUGGCUUCUGUGGGACUACUGCAAACUUCUGUUCCAACGGGUGUCAGUCUAAUUGUGUACAACCUAAGCCCUCAGGCACACCAGGCAACACCCAAAAGAGGACGAUUGGCUACUGGGAAGCAUGGAACUCACAGCACACAUGCGGAAACAUGGACGUUGGAGAGAUUCCUGUUACAUAUCUCACUCAUCUAAAUGUUGCUUUUGGAUACAUUUCCCAGGACUUGAAAAUCACUAACAUGGACGGUGUACCAUCUGACAUUUAUAGAAAUGUAGGUAAUUUAAAGGCUCAAAAUCCCAGUCUAAAGAUUAUUAUCUCGCUGGGAGGCUGGUCAUUCAGCGAUCCUGGUCCCUGGCGCAGCGUUUUCCCUACGAUGGCCGCUUCAUCGGGUAACCGCUCCACGUUUAUUCAGAAUCUAUUGGGAUUCUUGUCUGAAUAUGGAUAUGAUGGAGUUGAUUGGGAAUACCCCGGCGCGGAUGAUCGCGGUGGCAGCGACGCGGAUGCUGCCAACUAUGUUGCCUUGCUUAAAGACUUAAGAGAAACCAUCAAUACUAGCGGGAAGGAUUACAUUAUAGCCUUUACUGCUCCGACAUCAUACUGGUACCUACGGCACUUUGAUAUCAAAGGCAUGGCAGCCUAUGCUGAUUGGAUUAAUCUCAUGUCUUAUGAUCUUCAUGGAAUCUGGGAUAGCAAAAACCCGAUUGGAAGUCAAGUUCUUGCACACACCAACCUUACGGAAAUUGACCUCGCUUUAGACUUGUUUUGGCGAGCAGAGGUCGAGCCUUCUAGCAUUGUCCUGGGCUUGGCAUUUUAUGGCCGGACGUUUAAUCUCAAAUCUGCAUCUUGCUGGAAACCAGGCUGCCCCUUCAGCGGCCCUGGAGAUGCGGGCCAGUGUACUGGCACCGCGGGCAUCUUGUCAUACAGAGAGGUCCAAUCUAUCCUUGAUCAAACUGGUGCUACCUCAUACUUGGAUAAGGACGCAGCCGUCAGGUAUAUGGCAUAUGGCAACGACAGUUGGGUUUCAUAUGAUGAUGAGACUACAUUCCAAGCCAAGAUUGACUAUGCCAAUAAACUUGGCCUCUCGGGACUCUUGAUAUGGGCCCUCGAUCUUGAUAGCAGCGGGCUCGAUGCGCUCAGGGCUGUCUCAGGCCCUAUUAGCCCCACUGAAAUUGACAGCUCAUACUCGCUUGUUGAUCUCAAGAAUUUGUUUCCAACAGAAGACCUCCCUCUCUCAGACACCAAGCCAGCAUUUGGCUUUGUUUCAUUCGGCAGCAGUGGUUCUUUAGCUGACCCCAGCCCUGGUUCCGGCCCAUUCGGCUUUCUCUUAAUUGCAGGUGACUCGCAUGUUGUCACAAACUUAAGGAAGAGAGACGGCAAUCCCGAGCCCAUGGUAUUUCUUGAUUGCCCUUCCAGGGUUAAAGACCAACCGAAAGAUGAAGCGCAAAAGGCUAGAGUAACAUGCCUAAGUAAUGAUUUGAAAGAGUGUUUUCGUGUCUUGGAACGCGGGAUUGAAGGAACUAUUGUCGAGAUGCCAGACAAUUCAAUCCCUUCAAGGGUAGGAGGCAGGAUUCCCACCUCCCCGGUCUAUGACUUUUCUUUCGACUUUAAUCUCGGCCUAAUGAGAAGAGACACGAAUAAUACAAGCAUUCGACUGGAUUACUCCAACGUUAAAGGCUACUGGUACCAUCUUGUUGAUGCGCCGGGUAUCCAAAGCCGCGACAUAAACGGUCUAAAGUCUCGAUUUUUUGCCCCCACUACCGUUGACUGGAACUCGGUGUUUGAAAAAGAACAUUUUGAUUGGUCUCCUAGCGAUGCUACAAAAAUUAAGGACGAUUUGAAUACCAUUCUCUUCUGGCAAACUGCAGGAGACUGUGAUAUCAAUGGCACAAGCUUUGGCGAAGGCUUCGGCGCCUUUGUUCAGGGCAGUAUAGACGCAAACUUUUGGUUUGGAUUUUCUAUGAUCGCGACUUUAAAAAACGCUAAACUUGAUGUCGAUCAGGCCCAUGGUUUUCUUAAAGCAACUGGCGAGACAGACCUGACAUAUGGCAUUGGAGGCGUUGGAGAUAUUGAUAUAUCUAAAGCUCGCAUGGGCAAUCCAGCCUUAAGUCAGGAAGAGGUUUUUAAUCUCAAAGGCCACACUAUUAGUACCGCAACCUCCGGAGGAAUUAUAUCUUUUAACCCAUAUUAUAAGGUCAAAUACGAGAUGGCUACACUAAAUGGAUCCAGCGGUCAUGACUUUUCAAGCAGUACGGUCACAUUUGAUGGACGAAUGACCACGCGUAUUAUUACCGACCUUGGCGAUUUCCAAGCUAACUUUCCUCCUCAAUCGAAUCCCUUUCAAGAGAUCGAUGACGAUAAACGUCAGAAGAAUAAACUUUCCAUUCCUCAGGAUGACGUCCUCUAUGGUACUUCAUCCUAUGGUGGACAAAUUGCCAUUGGUACAGUCCUCACCUUUGGGCUAGAGAUGAAAUUCCUCAUAUUUGGAGAUCUGUUUAAACGGGUCCUUGGCACGCCCAAGUUGGAACUUGCAUACAAUACUAUAGAACUCUUUACAUUCUCUCAGGGGAAAGAAGAGAAGUCUGGGAGCGUGUGUACUGACUACGACGUGACUACCAGUAUCUACCAAGUAGUUGACAAAGCUGAAUCUCUUGGUUGGGAUGACAUCCCUAGCGAUGCAAUCGCAGAACUCAUCUAUGACCGACAAAAACCUAGCGGGGAGCAUAAGUGUUAUCCAGGUAUAAAUAAGUCUCUGGAGAAGAGAGACAGAUUAUUCCAUCAAAAUGCCUCUAGAUCAACCACAGAGCCCACAUAUGGUGGCAUAAUUACCUCUACCGAUGAUCGCACAAAGGAUAAUGUCCAAGCUGAGUCUAGUAAGAAUACCCUUCACUCUCGACAGAUAGGCUCAAUGGGUGGUUGGGGCUACGGGGGGGACGCAAUCAUUAAUCCAAAUCUCUAUUUCGGUGAAAAUCGGGGCCAUCUUACAUUUAGCGACCCCUAUCGCAAGACUAAGUUCCCGUGCGCGGAUGGCAUGUCGUGCAGUUCUGAUGACGAAGAAGGGAACUGGUGCUGUGGAUGUGUUUCGAUGGACUAUCGCUAUGGUUUUUCCGAUAUGCCACCCUGCUCUAUUUGUGAGUCGCACCCGGACCCGUGGCUGGAUUCACCAUUUUUAAAAGAGAUGAGCAGGACAGAGUUUACGGUUUGCGAGAUGACAUACUGGCCCCUCCAGCCGUAUAAAUAUCCUUCUUUCCCUAACCAAGCGUCCUUUCCUUGGGAUGGCAUUCAGAAUGGCAAAUGGGAUACGGUAUCCAAGUAUUGGGGCAACACAUCGGCCUCUUGCACAAACUGGAAUGCGGGCAAAGUCAUGCCAGCAGAUACCACGUAUAUCCCUGAUGGGUUCGGAGGAUCUAAGCCUGUGAGACCACAGUACGAAACGGAACACCCGUUUGAAGGCCAGCUUAUUCCCGAUUUUUUUAACUUUUGGUUGACCAAGGGGAAAUUGAACGAUAUCGAUCCAACAGUGCACUACUCCCCACCAUUAGCUAACUGCACUUUUAUUGAUGAUUUCAUCAAUAAUCAGGAUUUGUUCCCAAUAAAAAACUCAACUGGACUGCGGAGACCUUAUGAUGCCGCGCUUCCGGAAAUUCUCUUAUCUGAACUCGGUUGCUCAGAUCACUUGGAUAGACUGUCAAUCUUUCUUGCAAGACCUAAUCACAGGAAAGGCAGUAUAUUCCAGGGAACUAAAGUAGUAGACAUGACCAAAUUCAAACAACAGACUGCAGAAGAGCAGCUCCUGGUAGCUAAGGAAGUUGGCCUAGUCUUCACCUAUCUCAAUACUCCAGAAAUCUGGGACAUGUUUUGUGCUUCAUACGAGGCUAUGUAUCAACAUAUGGGCUUCUAUGACAGUUGGUACUCGGUCAAUGGUCCAGGUAUCGUAAUAAACUUUCAGGCUGAAUGGAAAAAGUUUAUUCGCACCGCUCUAGAUGCAGCUGUGACCCGCGCGCGGACUGCGUUCGAUAACAUGUAUCAGCAGCAGUAUGUUUGCUCUCACGUCCCUAAACGCCAAAUGCGGUGGCUAAUGAGUUUUUAUACAAAUUAUAGUAAAUAUACACCGCCUGAUUCCCCGUUAUGGCAUGCAUGGUGGUCCAACAAUUUUUGGAAUCGGCGUUUAAUUAAGCUGGAUAGAGUGUGCACUCACUUGGAUAGAACUAAAAUCGUUUGA